CGGUGCGCGCUCUCGAGGCCUCGCUGUCCGGCGGCGCCAACUGAAGCGCCGCUCCCGCUGCCGACAUGCUGCGCCGCGUUCUGCUCUGCCUGGCCCUGGCCGCGCUAGGUCGCGCGGGCGCCGACCCCGACGAGGAGGACCACGUCCUGGUGCUGCACAAGGGCAACUUCGAGGAGGCGCUGGCGGCCCACAAGUACCUGCUGGUGGAGUUCUAUGCCCCUUGGUGCGGCCACUGCAAGGCCCUGGCCCCCGAGUAUGCCAAAGCGGCUGGAAAACUGAAGGCGGAAGGUUCCGAGAUCAGACUGGCCAAGGUAGACGCCACGGAGGAGUCUGACCUGGCCCAGCAGUAUGGCGUCCGCGGCUACCCUACGAUCAAGUUCUUCAAGAAUGGAGACACGGCUUCCCCCAGGGAGUAUACAGCUGGCAGAGAAGCCGACGACAUUGUGAACUGGCUGAAGAAACGCACGGGCCCCGCUGCCACCACACUGCCCGACGAGGCCGCCACAGAGGCCUUGGUGGAGUCCAGCGAGGUGACGGUCAUCGGCUUCUUCAAGGACGUGGAGUCGGACUUUGCCAAGCAGUUCCUGUUGGCAGCGGAGGCCAUUGAUGACAUACCCUUUGGGAUCACGUCCAAUAGUGACGUGUUCUCCAACUAUCAGCUGGACAAGGACGGGGUUGUCCUCUUCAAGAAGUUUGACGAAGGCCGGAACGACUUUGAGGGGGAGGUCACCAAAGAGAAGCUGCUGGCCUUCAUCAAGCACAACCAGCUGCCGCUGGUCAUCGAGUUCACCGAGCAGACGGCCCCGAAGAUUUUUGGAGGGGACAUCAAGACUCACAUUCUGCUGUUCCUGCCCGAGAGUGCGCCUGACCGCGACGGCAAGCUGAGUGGCUUCAAGAAGGCUGCCGAGCGCUUCAAGGGCAAGAUCCUGUUCAUCUUCAUCGACAGCGACCACGCCGACAACCAGCGCGUGCUCGAGUUCUUCGGCCUGAAGAAGGAGGAGUGUCCGGCCGUGCGCCUGAUCACCCUGGAGGAGGAGAUGACCAAGUAUAAGCCAGAGUCAGCCGGGCUGACGGCAGACGAGAUCACGGACUUCUGCCAGCGCUUCCUGGAUGGCAAGGUCAAGCCACACCUGAUGAGCCAGGAGCUGCCUGAGGACUGGGACAAGCAGCCUGUCAAAGUGCUGGUUGGGACCAACUUUGAAGAGGUGGCUUUCGAUGAGAAGAAGAACGUCUUCGUGGAAUUCUACGCCCCCUGGUGCGGCCACUGCAAACAGCUGGCUCCCAUUUGGGAUAAGCUGGGAGAGACGUACAGGAACCACGACAACAUUGUCAUCGCCAAGAUGGACGCGACGGCCAACGAGGUGGAGGCCGUUAAAGUUCACAGCUUCCCCACGCUCAAGUUCUUCCCUGCCAGCGCAGACAAGACGGUCAUCGACUACAACGGGGAGCGCACCCUGGAAGGCUUUCGCAAGUUCUUGGAGAGUGGCGGCCAGGACGGGGCAGGGGAUGACGAUGAUCUCGAAGACCUAGAGGAGGCAGAAGAGCCCGACCUGGAGGAAGACGACGAUCAGAAAGCUGUGAAGGACGAACUGUGAUGUCACAACCAGCCCAGCACCCUGACGCGCCCUCGGAGCUGCAGCCCCUCAGCGAGGCUUGGGAGCCCGGGAGCCCGGGCCCCCGGGGAGGAGGCGCACCAGCCAGAAGUGCGGGGGACUUCCUGAGGCGACACCUCACUGACACGCGUAGGCUUAGACCCGCCUCUCCUUCCGCCUUUCCGUUCCUGGAAAGGACCCUCCCCAGGCCAACGUCGGGGCCCAUUUUUUUAAUUGAUGUACUUUUUCGUACACGGUUUCUUCCAGAACGCGCCCAAAAAUGUUUGCGAAUCUCACGUGGCAGUGUCUCCUUCCCGUUAGGUUUAUACUAUCACUUUUAAAAAUUUCCAUCUGUGGGAUUCUUGGACAUUUUUGGACAUCGGGGUCUCUGCUCACCUUGGUCGGGUCACCCUGGAGACCGAUGUGCCCUGUGUGGAAAGGGCCCAAGCCAUGCUGGACGGGUCACCCCCCUCACACCCAUGUUGCUGUGACCGAGUGUGGCUCCCGCAGCGUGUGGUUAAAUGGAGACUUCCGGUCUCUGUCGCAGAGGCCGCCAUGACUGGGGGGUGCCGGUGGGGCCAAGACAGGGCCUUCUCCCCGAGCCAGGCUCCUCACCGCGGAGGCCUGAGCCGGCCUGAACCAGGACCCUCCACUUCCAGGCUGGGACACAGCCGCGGGAGCUCGAGCCCGGCCAGCCGUUAGCGGUCCUCAGGUCCCUCCACCACAGCGUGGGGACAACUCAUUGGCCAAAUAAACUUCCAAUUUCA